CACCUCUACGUAGACUGUUCGCCAUUUCGAUUAUCAUUGGACUCGACUAGACUGCAAUCUGCAUCUGCUCAGCUCACCUCCCUGAGUUAACUGGGUUCAAAUUAUAUGGUUCAUCAUGGGAAGGAUGUGUGCCAUGAUUGGCUGCCCAAAUAGUGUUCACAAGAUAGACAAAUGGUAUACACAACUUUGUGAAAAACAUGGAUUGAAAUUUAGAAGUUGCACGUGCCACCCACCUUUCCAGUUACUUCCUUUUCCUUCAGAAGAUAAAGAUCCUGAUGGGAGAAGCAGAUGGAUAAGACUUGUUAAAAGAAAAACUGCAAGUGGUUUGAAAUGGCAACCUAAAUCCCACGACAGGAUUUGUUCAGAGCACUUUAAAAAUGGCGAGCCAACAAAGGAAUGGCCAGACCCCACAGAGAAACUAGGUUAUCAGCUCGCACCUUUUCAGUCUUCUUCACAAUCUCCUCGCAAUCCUCCAAGAGAAAGAACAGCGCACAUUCCUAAAAAGAGAGCUCGAUUCAGAGGAAAACUUGAAGACACAGAAAGUACAGCAGGAACAUUUCCUCAUGAGAACAGUGGAGAAGGGCCCUCGCCAACUGAUUUUAGCCACUCAAUAGAAGAUCUGCGGCCAGAAGAACCAAAGCGUUACAAGCCCUACUCACGCUUAGACCUGAAUAACUGUUCCAAACAUGCUACCUUCUGUCCUCGUUGUAGUGAAAGGCAGUCUGUAAUAGAUGAGCUUAAAAAGGAGAACAGAGAACUAAAAAAAAUAAUCAAUCUGAGCAAGGGGGAUAGUGAAACAUUUGCUACAUCGAUUGUGACCCAAAAAGACAAGUCGGAACUGUGCUACCCCCCGGCAUCCUUCACAGUGGAGAGUCGAGCAAUAUCCACCAAGAGAGAGCUUGAUGAGGAGCCCCAAACAUCGGAGAGAGAAGGGUACCCCCCUGCAUCCUUCAUGAUGGAGAGUCCAGCAAUAUCCACCAUGAGAGAGAUAAAUGAGGAAGAGCUUGAUGAGGAGCCCCAAACAUCGGAGAGAGAAGGGUACCCCCCGGCAUCCUGCACGAUGGAGAGUCCAGCAAUAUCCACCGCGAGAGAGAUAGAGGAGGAAGAGCUUGACGAGGAGCCCCAAACAUCGGAGAGAAAAGGGUACUCCCCGGCCCCCUUCACAAUGGAGAGUCCAGCAAUAUCCACCGCGAGAGAGAUAAAGGAGGAAAUGCUUGACGAGGAGCCCCAAACAUCGGAGAGAGAAGGGUACCAGAUCGUUUACAUCAAGCAAGAGCUCAAUGACGAGGAUACCUGGCAAGAUGAUGGAGCUCAAAUGCAGAUACAUGUACCAGUAAAGACAGAAAGCUCAUCUGAGUCGGGUAAUACACAACUUUUUUUUAAAGAUGGAAAUCCAACUUUCCAGGAGUGCAAUCAGGAUUCAGGUUCACAGCUUUCAGGUGAAGAUGAUGAAGAAAAUGGAGAACAGGAUGACAGAGGAGGUGUCUUGCCAAGAAACUACAGUUUGUUGAAGACAGCUCUCAUCGAAGUAGAGUCAAGUAUAAUAGAAUCAAGGGUAUUUUCAGGAAGGCCCACCAACUUGCCGAACUAACAAAGAGUGAGGUGUUCUUAUUUCUGAGGGACGAGUUAUCGAAAACUACGUACUGGGGUACGAGCGAUGCUUUGCAGUUGUUCCAACCAACACUGGAUACUUCAAUCGUAAAAGGGGGUAAACGAGUACGGAGUGUCAGGUUUGUUACUCCAUCAAAACCUUCUGAAGAUCCUCGGGGUGCAAUCCCGAGCAACGUGGAAGCUCCUGAUCCCGAUCCUGAUCUGCACUCAAGUUCUACAAAUGAAUCAACCUCGCAGAUUCCACCGACUACAAGUCAAUCUAUGCAUCAGUUGAUUGCCCAGGAGCAGGAAUCGAUUGUCUCAAGGGGAAGUUUGAGCCAGACCACAACAAGAAUGCCACAGGUCAACGCAAAAGAAAAGAAAGUGUUUGUAGCCAAGAAGCUGCAGGUCGUGGAAGAUAGCAGGCGUCGUUGUAAGGCAAGGUGGAAUAGAGUCCAGAGUCUCUUCAGAAAGGCUCACCAACUAGCCGAGCUUACAAGGUGCCAGGCCUUCUUGUAUGUGAAAGACGAGUUCUCAAAGACUAUAUACUGGGGUACAAGUUAUGCGUUGCUGUUGUUUCAGUCGAAGAUGGACCUGCUUGUCGUUGAAGGAGGUAAACGUGUUCGGAGUGUAAACUUUGUUGCUCCAUCUAGUCCUGAACAGUCCCGGGGCGCAGUUCCCUGUGAAGCUUUGGACAUUGAUAAGCAUCUUGAAGGGUGCCUUGGGUCGGGCACUUCAAGGGAAGAAUUAGUGCCAUCCUCAACAUGUGAAUCAUCGCAAGGAUCUACAAAGCGAUCAACAUCAGAGUUAACUCCGAGCAGGGCUGGACAAAAGUCAACUCCACAAAAGGGUACUCCAAGCAAAACCAAGAUACCACAAAUCACCAUCAAAGAGAAAAAAUUGUUUGUAGACAAGAAGCUCCAGUUCAGGGAAAAGAGCAGCCUACGUUUUAAGUCCCGAUGUAGAAGAAUAAAAAGUAUCUUCAAGAAGGCCCAUGCGCUUGUGGAACUUACGAAAUGCCAGGUCUUUGUAUAUGUGAAGGACAAGUUUUCAAAGACUACAUAUUGGGGUACAAGUGAUGCAUUGCAGUUGUUUCAGCCAAUGAUACACGUAGACUCACUAAUCAAGGCGGAACACAAACCGAUAUGGACCAUUAAGUUUGUCGCUCCAUUGGAACCUGAUGAACAUUCCCGAAGGACAUCUAGAACCGAUGAUGAAGAUCCAGAUCAAGAUGAGCUAUUUGAUGAGUCGGAUGGAUCAGACGACACAUCAAACGACGAAUUGCUGAUCUCAAGCUCAGCAAAUGAAUCAUUGGCAGGAUCCACAUCUCAAACAGCAUUAGCUACAGGUCAGUCUUCACCGGAAUCUACUCCCUGCAGGUCUCCAACCAAUCCUUUUCCGCAAAAGUUGGAAGCACCUGCUGAAAACAGAACUGUGAGUGAGGAUCAGGCAAGAAUAUUACCAGGGAACACCAAAGAGAAAACUGUGAUUGUCGACAAGAGGCUGCAGUUCUUGGAAAGUCAGAGGCUGCGCUGCAAGGCCAAGUCUAAUCGAGUGAAGGGUAUGUUAAAGAAAGGACACCAGCUUGCAGAGAUAACAAAUUGCCAUGUCUUUAUACAUGUGAAGGAUGAGUUUUCAAAGACAACGUACUGGGGUACAAAGGAUGCCUUGCAGUUGUUUCAGCCAACGAUAGAUUCUGCGAUCAAGAAAGGAGGUAAACGUGUUCGGAGCGUCAAGUUUGUCGCUCCAUCGAGGGCUUCAGAAUCUUCUCAGGGGACAUCUCCUACCAAUGGUGAAGCUCCAGGUUAGCCUCCAGAUCUUGAUUAGGUACUUCUACAGUGUCUCUGAUCUGUUCCGUCAAACGCUGGACCCUGUGUUGACGUCCAGACAUAGAUCAUCUCCAGGAUCUACUUCAUGAUUUUCUUCAACAAGGAACAAGUCAACGAUGAAGUCCGCUGUUGUUCCAGAUGCGACUCCAGAUCUUGAUUAGUUACUUCUACAGUGUCUCUGAUCUGUUCCGUCAAACGCUGGACCCUGUGUUGACGUCCAGACAUAGAUCGUCUCCAGGAUCUACUGCCUGAUUGACUUCAGCAAGGAACAAGUCAACGAUGAAGUCCGCUGUUGUUCCAGAUGAAACUCCGGACCGUGAUAAGGUACCUUUACGGUGUCUUUAAUCUGUUCCGUCAAACGCAGGACCCUGUGUUGACGUCCAGACAUAGAUCGUCUCCAGGAUCUACUUCAUGAUUGACUUCAGCAAGGAACAAGUCAACGCUGAAGUCCGCUGUUGUUCCAGAUGAGACUCCGAACCGUGAUAAGGUACCUUGAGGGUAUCCUUGAUAUGUCAUAUCAAGAUCCAUCAUACCAAGACUUCAUGUAGUCUUCCACACAUGGACCAUCUACUCCAUUAAUAGAGCGCUUUCGCAAACACAGUGGAAGCAUAGACGACGAGAGAAUCACGGGAUACAGCUCUUCCGUCGUGUUUGGGGAACGAACGAUAUAAUGGCCCCGUACGGUCGUGAAAAUCAAGAGGACGGAGAAAAUUCUGGUUCGUGCAAUGUUUUUUCGUUCAAGUUACUGUCAUCUUUGCCUUCCGUCGUGUUUGUGAAAGCGCGCUAAUAACUGAAAUAGAGCACACAAGCUGAUGGGUACCGGUGCUUUAGAAGACACUCGUUAUUUGGAUGGACUUCAGUUGAUUGACUUCUACAUUGAGCAAGUCAACACCGAAGUCCGCUUGAGUGACACCACACAUUCCUGCACUCAGGUCUACAUCAAAACUCCAAUUACCUAGAGUUAACACCCUUCUGGCUCUCAACAGACAAUGUGACUAGUUUGUUGGAACUUUUUUUCUUCAGGAGAAUGCAUCCUACAUGUAUAUUUGAGUACAGAAUGCAAUAAAUUUCAACUCAAUUUGCCAAUAUUUUUUUCACAUUUUGCCAUGAGACUUGUCAGCGGUAC